AUGUCGAGGGAAGUGCAAAACAAGUUCGACCUGGUGGAUGUGGAGCCCAAAUUUCUUGAGUUUCUAUACGAGUGCACAGACAAUGUGGAGACUUUCCUUGAGAAUAAAAAAAAUGUAAUAAAAAGGAAGCGAUUGAAAAUAAAAAACAUUUGCACAAAAACUCAGAACAUCAAAAUAUGCGAACCGGAUUCGAAAUAUCUUAAAAUUAAGGGAAUAAAAAAUAAAAAGUUGGCUCCAGGGACGAGUGAACAAAUAUUCAUUGAGUUCUCCUUCGCUGAUGUGAAUUUUAAAACUAGCAAAUUUGUACAAACAGACAACAUCUUGGAUGUAGUUAAUAACGUGGAGUCCACUUCGUACGUUACUAUACGCAGUGAAUAUACAACGCUGAAUAUCCCAAUCUAUAUAAAGAAGAGUAUACCUGUGUUUGCCUACGAUGAUGUAAUCAACUUUGGAGUUUGCAACGCCAAUCGGGCGUACCAGUUUGCGCUGAGGGUGAAGAAUGUCGGCACGAGGAGGGGCACGUUUACUCUCUCCCUGGACGAUUCGCCAAGGGAAUGUUCAGACGAAUGCGCAGAUGAUCAACAGGCGGAGUGUGCACAGAGCAGGAAAAACUCAGGCAAAUUUCACCUCCGUAAAUAUCGCUCUGAAGACAUGAUGAUUCAACUUGAUCAGUCUUCCCUCGACCUGGACGUUGGAGAAACGAAAAUCAUCAACAUCUCCAUCAGCAGCAUGGCGGAGGGGAAAAUGCACAAAGAGUACAGAGUAAUUUCGAACCAACAUAGCUACUUCGUGGAGAAACAGAGAAAAAUCACCAUUUUUGCUAUUUUCACCAGCAGCCAUACUUCCUUCCUCUUCAACAAUGAAAAAACGAAUUUGGUGAAUCUUCACUGCUUGUACUAUGGGAGUAGGAAAAAGUACCAAGGGAAAAUAAAGAAUGAAAACAACUACGCUAUAUUUUGCAUCCCCCAGGUAGAUGCUGUCAAUGUGUUUUACUCUAAGGAGGAUCUUGAAGCGUAUGCGGUAGCCAAGGGUUUGGACCUGAGCCGGAUAUGUCCAGAUGUGUACCUCCAGGAGGAAGAACACUUAAGCGAAGGAGAAAAAAAGGAAAAGGAAAAACUGUUCUCCAUCACGAAGAAGAGGCUAAAGGGAGAGGAACACAUAGGCAUCACCUUCUCCAGGGUCCAAGGAUACCCAAUUGAAAAGCUAUCAUAUCAGGAAAUCUCAUUUGAGGUUUAUUCCAAGUGUGACACCGACCUUUUGCACAGACUGAGCAGGGACACAUCCUACCUGCUGAACUUCCCCGUGGUGGUGGAGUUGUCGCUGCGGGUGGGGAGAUCGCACCGUGAAACCGGUCAGGGGGAUAGCGCAACGAAACAGGUGCAUAGCACAACAAAGCAGGUGCAUAGCGGAACAAAGCAUAUUCACAGCGCUACCAAGCAGAAUCACAGCGCAACGGAACAGGUGCAUAGCGCUACCCUUGAGGGCGCUCACACGCUCGACGAGGAAGUUAAAAUCUGCUUGGCAUUCUGCCUCACCUUCCCCUGCAUCCUACCUAGCACCUACCUUCUCAACUAUGACACCAUAACCCCCAACGAGGGAAAAACGCUCAUCAUCGAGUUAAAAAACAGAAAUAAAUUUAUGAAGCUUAAUUAUACCCUUUCGAAGAUCCCCUAUUUAACAUUGAGCAAGAGCGAGGGGGUAAUCUCUCCCCAGGGGAAAGUAGUCUUAUCCUUAAAACUCCAAUGUGAUAGUGUCAAAAUGAUGGACGACUACAUGUAUCUAUAUUUUUGCAACAAUUUAUAUUUCAUCGUCCUUCUGGUCAGGGGGAACAUCAUUUCAAGUAACGCAUUACGGAAAGGAUCAUCCUCCAUUUUGCUUAACCUGAAAGCAGAGCCAUUUAGAAGGAAUGAGACGCAUGGUAAGAUUAAACAGAACCAUGAUGAGGUAUAUGAACAAAUACUCAAAAACCUAGAACUUGAAAGGGUGGAUAGGAAUUUUUACCAACUGGAUGGAAAGCUAGACAAAUAUAAAUACAACGAGAGAUUCAUAAACUUUUUAAAAAAAAAUAAAAAAAAAUACAAUGAUGUUUUGAAGCUCAUGUAUGAGAAGAGAAAGAAGGGGGAGGAGUCAAUCCAGAAUGCGAGUCCAAGUGCAGCCUCCCCUGAUACAAGUGAACAAAUGGUGAAGGGGAAAGACAGACUCUCCAAAAUUUUAAAGGACAAAUUUAUAUACGUCAAUGAUCCCCCCGUGGAGCGAAUCUCCAACACAUAUAUCAAUAAGGGAGUCUACGAACAAGAGAGGAAGAAAUACAUACAAAUGAAGACGAAAAAUUUGAAAAUAAAAAAUGAGGAACGUGCGCAAGGAGGAGAAGAAGAAGAACCCUACUUGAUGCAGUUUGACAUGCUAGACGAGGAGGAACUCAAUAAAGUAGAAUUCGUAAGGAUGAUCCAAUAUGGGUAUAUAUUUCUUGGAGCAGAUUACACGAGAAAGUUUGUCGUCUUUAACCGAAACAAACACUGCAACGUAAAAGUGGCCCUCACUCAUGGUGAUAACAUCACGACUGAUGGAGAGAAGAUCUUACUAGUGGGAAGAGAUUCUCACAAAAUGAGAAAUGUAAAGCUUAACAUAAAAUGUGUUUCCAGGGAGGAAGAAGUUCACCAAGAUGAUAAAAACUGCAAUGAUAUUUGUCUCAACAGUGGUAAAAUUGGUAGUCAAACUGGAGUUUCUACUUCCUUUUUUGGGGAAGACAUAAUCACAGGUUCAUGUGCCGACUUGCAUAACGACUUUUUUCUCCUCAAAAUGUUUGAAGAGAAAAUUUCCUUAAUGAUUAAUGAUUCACAUAAGAGAGAGGUGACUCUCGGGGCAACUCUCGUCUUCCUAAAUGUGCUUGUCAAUCCGACCACAGUCUACUUUCGCUUCCACGACGAGGACGUCGAGAUGGUCUGUGAGCGCCACCUGGUUUUGUACAACCCCUUCAACGUUCCCCUCAACGUGGGGAUGGUUUGCAACCAGGCACAUAUUGCGUUGGAUUCGGAGAUCUUGGUACCUCCUAAUUCGCACAAAAUAGUCCCCCUCAAUUUUGUCGCCACGGAAAGUGCCACCAGUGUGUCUGAGACCAUUCGGCUGUACUUGGACGGGAGCAGGCUCUACAAAAGCUUAAAAUGCAAAUUUAUCGCCAACAAGUGCUCUUACAGAGUCACCCCCACCGAGCUUAACUUUGAAAACAUCCUCCUAAACAGAAAUUAUGUGAAAGAGUUUUUCCUAAUCAACACGGGAGACUCCCCAGUGGUAUUCCGAUGCAACUACAAACCAGAUUGUGUCAGUUUACUUUCCAAGUAUAACUACGUAAAGAAAAAUGAGAAAGUCAAAAUAUCUGUCCUGCUCAAUUUAAAGGAAGGCAAAAAAAUAAAAGACAAAAUUGUACUGACCGUUAGGGGGGCGCCUCAGUUGAUUCUCCCCCUGAAUGUUAAGGGCACCCCCUCCAAUGUCCUCAUCUGUGAAGGGAUCCACAUCCAACAAAGAAGAGGAGAGCUGAAAUGCUAUGAAGUGAAAAUAUUGAACAGAGGAUCAUGUGAUGAAACUAUCCUUGUAGACACAUCAUCUGUGGAUUUCCUAAAUGUCCAAAUGGGAAACAAAAAAGAAACGACCUUUUCUAAAUGUAUCAGCAAAGAAUACAAGGAUGCAAAUAAAAUGGAAGAUGUAGUAACAGUGCAAAGGAUUUACAGCGAAGAAUACGAUGACCUCCUAACAGAUGAAUGUGCUAAGUACCAUUACAACAAUUUCUUGAAGCUUCACAAUUCGAUAUCUGUAUUGUACCAAAAUAAAGGGCAAAUUCUCCUUAAGGAUAGAGGAGAAGUAAAAUCCAUGUACAGAGUUGUGGUGCCAUCCAAAUGUUUUCUCCCCUUGUGCAUUCAAUGCUACUCUUCCAAAGCGAUAAGGAAAGAAAUUGCUUUCCAGGAUUUGCUCCACCAUAACAGAGUUACAUACGACAUAACGGAGGAGUUAAUAAAAAUAGACAUUGAGGAAGGACACCUGGAUGUAGCUCCCUCGUUUCUGCACUUCACGGAUUUGAUCCCCCACCAGGCUGACGAAGCAUACAUAUCAUACUUUUCUAAGGAGAAGACGAAGAGAAUAACAAUUAGAAAUGUAUUCAGUCAACCUGUCCAGUGGGCAAUCCGCUUGGAUGAGGAGAAGCGCAGGGAAAUCCACGUGGUUACAAACGUUCACAGGGGUGUGCCAGAGUUUACUGAACGGAAGGGAGGGAUGGGGAAGUCGAAGAGAAUGGAUAGCGUCAAAUCGAGAGGCUCAUCGAAAUCGCACCAAACGGAUGAACCCAUCUGGGAGCGCCAAUACCAAGUGUACCCCAGCAGGCACCGAGGCAUUCUACAACCGAACGAAGAAACGACUGUGGACAUAACGUUAAGUGGCUUCAAACUUUGCGGAAGGUAUGUGGACGUGUUAGACAUCUCUUCCUCCAUCUUCAGCGACCAAAAUGCGGGAUGCAUCGACGGUGGCAACGAUGCCAGUAACGAUGCCAGUAACGAUGCCAGAAACGAUGCCAGAAACGAUGUCAGUAACCAUGCCAGUGACGAUGCCAGAAACGAUGCCAGUGACAUGCUCAGCAAUUUGGUUGGAGAAGCGGAACCAGCGCAGAAGGAAGAAGCAGAGCGCGAGGUCCGUUUCUCCCUCUACAUGCUCAUAUGUUGCGACAUUCCGAAGCUCCAGUUCGACGUAACAUACAUAAACAUAAUUCACAACAAACUGAAUGAUUAUUGUUCUUUCCCUUUUGACAUAUACAACCAUGGGUACAACUACGUCAGGGUAGAUUACCAUUUCAAGAACCUGCACGCAGAAUGUUUUUCCAUCUCCCUAGACUUCAUCAACGGAAAUGAAAUAAACGAACAGGUCAAGAAGCUGCGCAUGUCGUUGAAGUGCAAAGCAACCAAGUCCUUGAAGUUCAAGUCUCACAUUGUCUUUACCGUGAUGGAUUAUCACCAGUACACUAUUCCCCUUUUCGUGAACAUCGACGAAGGAAUUGAUUUCCUAUUGGAGAAGGCGGCCACCAGUUCGUCCGUCAUGUCGUCCAUCGAAGAGACAGGCGAAGUGAUCGACGAAGUGGUCGGCGAAGUGAUCGGCGAAGUGGUCGGCGAAGUGAUCGGCGAAGUGGUCGGCGAAGUGAUCGGCGAAGUGGUCGGCGAAGUGAUCGGCGAAGUGGUCGGCGAAGUGGUCGGCGAAGGAAUCCCCAAACAGAUGCACCAUAUGGACGAUUACCUACCCCCUGAAAACAGCCCCAAAGGAGCCUCCAAAGGUACCUACCCUGCAGGGAAACCCACAGAAGGCAUAAUCAUGGACAGCAGUCUACAACAGCAUAUGAACACAACAGACAUCCAAUUUGACAAACAGAACGAACUUUUCUCCUUCUUUUGUAAAAAUAUGGAGGAAGUAAAAAAGGGUAGUACUAAUGGAAAUAAUAUAUAUAAGGGAUUAAAAAUUAAUAAUAUAAGAAACGUGUACUACAAUGAGGAAGAGGAGGGCGUGUACCCACUUAGAGAAAUUAUUGGAGAUUACCUUUUCGUGUUUAUCCAAAGAAUUAUGUUACGCAAAAGUUACUUCCCCCAGGUGAUUGAAAGCACAAACGAUUUGUUUCUCUUCUUUUUGGACCUUCUAUUGGACCUCUUUUCUUCCAUCUAUCCAAACAGAAAUCUGCAAAACAUUAUUGUCGAACUGAAGAAGCGUCCAACUGUGGUGGUGAAGGAUAUGAAGAGAGAAGACUUGUUGGAUGAAAUGUUUACGAAAAAUGUGCAGACGCUUUGGAAAUCCUUAAAAGAGGAGGAAUAUAUUCCACUGGAUCACAUCAUUUACGAAAAUUUGUUACCAGCGGAUUUGUACCUUUUCCACGUUUUGGACAAAGUGCCCGACUACUUCCACGUUGAAGAGAAGCACUAUGAAGAUAACACAGAAAAUCUCUCUAUUAAAAACUUCGAAUCGUUUUUGUUAAAUGGAAAUAAAAAGGUAUUCUACUUUGAGAAAAUCUUUAAAACGCACGUAAGGCUUUUCAGUUACUCUUGGGUUACCAUCUUCCUGGAAGUACUAAACAGGAAAAUGUUUGGCGCAAUAAAUAUGAGCUCCUUGACGAACCUGCGUGGGAUUAAAUUGUAUAGUAUAGAAAACAAGCUGAACGAAAAUAUAAAAAUGUAUAAAAUUAGCUACCUUGUAAUUCUAGAUACAGAAGACAUGGAGGUGAACAAGCAUGGGUCAUUUUUAAAUGGUAAAAAGGGUAGAUCCAGGAGGAAGGAGGCUAGCACCCUAACAAAACUGCACGUUAAUAGAGGUGGUACCGGUACACGAAAUGUGGCGAAAUCAUCUCUGAAUACUCGUAAUGGUAAUUUGAUCUAUAGGGAUAAGAGCACCUCCCGGGGGCAAGACAAAUAUGCUUACAAUUAUGUGAAGAAAAAGACGACAAAGGAUAAACCCUCCUGCACCAUCAACUACUUCAAUUUUUACGAAAAUAAUUUUAUCGACCUGAAAAAAAUUGUCAACAAAAUUAGCAGAUUCUGCUACUCCGGGGGGGUAGAGGAACUACCAAAUGGAAAGCAAGAAACGGUGCAGGGGAAGAACGAACUGGAGAGUUCCAAAGGGAAUACAAACAUCGAGGGGGACGACAUUCCAACGGGAGGAGAAACGAACACACCUUUUAAGAAAAAAUCCACGAAGGAAGAUGUUAAGGAGUCUACCAUAAAAUAUUCCAAGGACACCACAAAAGACGCGCCAAACGGAAUUGUCCACUUCAAAAGUGCAGAGUGCAUCCUUUUCGAGUGGCUCUAUUUUCACUACAACAAUGUGUACCACGCGAAGGUGGAGGAUAAGCGGUACAUCUUUAAGGAGGCCCGUAGGAAAAGCGACGAUGAGUUGUCCUAUACGAAGGGAAAUUCAAAUGAGACGCAAGAGCGGGGAAAGCCGGAGGGAUCGCGUAGAAAAGGAAACCCCAGUGGAAGUCCUAGUUUCGUCCCCAGUGACUCUCACCAUGUUAGCGCUUCAGGGGAGCUGGUCCCAAGUCAGGUGCAUGAGAACACAAAGAUGAGCACAAGCAACUUUCAGGUCGAAAUAAAAAGGAAGAAAAAGGAGGUCCAAAAGAAAAAAAAGGCAAAAAGCAUCCAUGAAUUGAAGGACCUAGUUAUGAUCCUGUACACUAUCAUUUCUCACAUCCCCUAUUACCUAUUCUUUAAAAAAAAAAUUAAAUUGAACUGCAAAUCCAAAAGGGAUUACAGCCAGAAUAUUGAUGUUCUACUUAUAAUGCUCAGCGAAAUGAACUUGAGUAACCUAAUUAGCAGACAGGUGAUCGUGCAGUUUAACUACAUGCAUAUAUAUCUGUUUUUGGCGUCCCUGUAUUUUAUCCUGCCGAAAUAUUUGCCCUGCUACUACUUGGUGCUGGACGAUUUGCCCGCCUACAAGGUUGACUUGAGCUGGAUAAAUGAUGAGGUGGUGAACAGCAAGAAGGGAGGCAAAAGUAAGCCAAUGGGUAAGGCGCAGCAAUCAUCCAGGGGGAAACAGGCACCCCAAAAAAAGACCAAUGCACCCAUCGAUGGGGAGAACGAAAAAACGAGUUGCGGAGACGAUCAAACCAUGGCAGACGAACGGAUCAUAACUGUGUACAACUUAAAUAGCCACAUAUGUAAAUAUGAGGUAUUUCUCAUUGGCUGCAAUAAGUACCAAAUUGAUAGAAACUACGUGAGCAUUGAUCCCCUAAAGUCAGAACAAAUAAAAUUGAAAAUAGACAAGGGAUAUGACGAAAAGGUGUUGAAAUAUAGCAACCAUACUAGCAUUAAACUUCCAUAUUUUAAGAAAAAAAGACAUAAGGGAGAUAUGUGUGACGGAGAAGAACCACACUUUGAGGACAAUUACUCUGUUUCGUCCUGCUCCUCGGAAGAUUGCCAAUGCCCCUCCGACGGGGCCGACAAAGUGGACGCGGGGAUUGACGAAGAUAGUCGGGUCAGCCAAGGGGAAAAUUACACCAUCCUGGUGCUGCGCUCGGAAAGCAAUCGCCUGCAGGACGAAAAGGACAGCGAGAAAUACAUCUGCAUUAAGCUGGUAGAACUGGGCGAAAAGGGGAAGAUCGAAUUGGCUCCCCCAGGAACGAACAUAAGGGGAGAAAAAAAUGAAGGAAAUAACGUAAACGCUAAUGUAAACAACGGAGGAACUAGGAGCGAGGUUAACAAAGUGCGCACAACUAAUUCAUCUCAUCUGAAUAUUAUGCUAAAUGAUAGCGAAACAAAGUGUUUUAAUUUGAGGGGCAAAGUGUACGAAAAUAAGUGUAUAGAAUUGAAUUUGUUCAAUAAUACGGGGAAGGAGGUGGAGGUAAAUUCAAACCUGUACCACCUGUACGUGAAGAAUUUGAAGAAAGAGGAGAAAGGAAAGGAAAAUUUCGAAACAGAUGUAGUGAAUAAGUGGGGCGAUGACCAUCUGGGGGGGCACAACCAAUGUGUUGUGUGUUCGAUAGUUAAUGCCAAUUUGAGGAACCACUUGAGCGACACGUCUACUCACUUUAGCUGUGUCCAUUUAGUUGACAAAAACCGCUUCACUUGUCUCCAAAAUGAGAGAAAAAAAAUACAAGUGCAAUUUUGCCCCUUUGCAGAAGGGAGUUAUUUCUGCUUUCUUCUAUUCAAUGUAAAUGACAAAAAGACCAACUAUAUCGUGUCGGCAUGCAAAGUCAACUGCUCCUUUAACAUAAAUAACGUAAAGGAGGAAGAGAUUAUAAAGAUGAACUCUAAAAUUUUCAAUUUCUCUUACCAUUUAAAAGUUUGUCCUGUAAAUAGGGAGUUUCUGAAGUGUGUAAAAUUCAUCCUUUGUAAUUUGAACCAUUUGGACGAGAGGCACUUUUUGUCUUACUUAAGAGGUUACCUAGAGGAUAUACAUAAGGGGAGGAAAUUUUUUUCUGUCCUGUGUGAUAAUGAAGACAAAAUAUCCAUCGAAAAAGGCUUCGCAACUUUUGGCCCACUGGAUUGUAAUAAGUAUAUGGAGAAAAUUUUAUAUUCUGAAGGAGUAGACAUAGAUCAAUUGUACGAAUUGGUGAAGAAGGAGACCAAUUAUACAUGUACUCUGGAGAUAGCAGAGAAAACGAAUGGAGUGUUCGAAUACAACUGCGCUCUAGUAAGCCAUAGGAAUGUCCUUCAAGGUAAAAGUAAGUUAUCCUAUGAACAGAUGCGAAAGUUACACAUCAAGGAGCAGAAGGAGAUAUGCGACCCUUUCUACAAAGUUUACAAAAUUAUAGCAAGUGUGAAUGAUGGAAAUAGUAGCCAAUCGUUAUCCAUUACGUUUAAAACGAGCGCAUUUCAGAUGGUUAAAAAAUCCAUUCCUGUGUAUAACUACACCAAUGGAGUGGUAACGUACAGACGUGUGUACUCAGAUGUAAUAGACGAGAAUAAUAAGAUAGUAGGUUACAACAUUUUCAGUUGUCCAGAAUACAUAGAAAUAGGAAAAGAAGUUGAAUCUGUGAACUUUGAAGUGAGUUGUUAUUCCAUUAUCGGGUUGACAUGCUCCUGUUGCAUCACUCUGUACAACGUAAACAACGAAGAGGAACAGAUAAAGAUAAACGUACAGGCAAACGUUAUGAAGCCCUACCCGAAAGAUACCAUACACUUGAAGUUACUAAAUAGAACGAGAAAAACGGCACAGAUAGAGAUUUACAACGACCUGAAUUUCCAUUGUGAAUUUAAGGUUUAUUCAGAUUUGCCCAUCCUGUUUGGUGUAAAGAAAAUAGAAAUGAUGCCAAAACAGAAGAAGACAUACACGUUCUUCGUAACAAGUGCACACAUAGGAGAAUACAUGGGCUGUAUUAUCUUUAAGCAUUACAAGUUGCUUCGUUCAGGUCAUGGAGAAGAAAAAAAGGGAGAUUCAUUCUUUCCCUUUGCUAACUACUUCUUCUGGUAUAAAUUAAACAUCACCGUUGAGUUGAAUAAACCAUUGAAGAUUUUAUUUCUCGAAACGAAUGUAGGAGAGGAAGUCAAAAAAGAUAUUGUUUUAAAAAAUAAUGGAAAUGAAAAUGAAAAUUAUUUUCUCCUCGCGUACAUGAAUGAGUACAUUGAGAGGAGACAGGUUCAGAUACCCAAGAAUGACAUUUACGUGUAUAGCAUUAAGUACGCUCCGAAGAUACCUAACUAUUUUAAUGAGGAUGGCAACGGGGAAAGUGCUUCUGGAGAGAACAACGAUCCAACCCUCCAGAGGGACAUCCAGAAUUUUUACUACCCCCAUAAUGGCGAUUCUGAUUGGUGUGGGCCGCCGGGGGGGGAUGAACCUGCCCAUGGGGGCAAAGAACCAUGGGAGUUGUCUCCUAACCAAGGCGCUACAUUAAAACACAAACAUAAGCCCUUUCCCCCAACUGAAAAAAAAAUAUUCGAAGAUCUCAUUAGCUACUGCAACAAGUACAUUCAAGUAGACAUUGCCUACAGGCCACAUAAUAUAGGGUUCUUUUUUAUCUACAAUAAAAAUGAAGGAAUCAAUUACUACAUCUUGAUGUUGCUAUCCAGGAUGAAGAGCCACCUGGACGUAAGGAAUUUCUCCACCUGUUUGUCCAAGUCCUGCUUCUUACACCUGCACUUUCAGUUUAAUGAAGAGGACGAGCGAUAUGUACAUCUGUUGGAAGGGAUGGAGACCCCCCCCUCUAGUAAUUAUCAUUAUCAAAUUGUAGAGGGGGUAAAAUGUCCACCGGGGGAAAAACACAUUUUGAUAGAAGAAAAUUUCCGAGGGGCUGUGGACAUGUGUCGCGCUUACGAAGAGUAUGAUGAUAAAUGGGGGGAGGAAAUGCAAAAGGGAAAUGCAAACAACUAUAUGGAUGCCCCCAUUUAUAAGGACAACCCAUACAAUGGAGGCGCAAGGGACCAGGUGAAGCACGAACUCAAGUGCAUUUACCUAAGCAAUAGAAAUAACUUCCAUAUUGUAAAACAUAAGGAUGUAAAUAGGGUUGUUCUAAAGUAUAGGCCAACGGUGAAUACAUCCCAAGAAUGCUACGCCAUCAUUAGGAGCAACUUGCACGGGGACUUCCUCUAUCGGAUCCAUGGAAAAUAUACAGUGAAGAGAAAAAUUAAGGAAAAACUGGUCUUGUACAACUCAUGCUGUUUGUACAAUUUUAAUGUAAAUUUGUUUAACCCCUUCAACUGCAAAGUGAGGGUAAAAUGUAGGUUUAAGGGGGGAAACGCAACACAGUUAUGUAACCACAUGUGUGGUGCGCAGGGAAUGAAAGAGAAAGACAUAGAUGAGAAGUACAUGAAGUCGUUCCAGAAGGAGCGAGUUGUACUAAACAAGGAAAGGUAUUAUUUAAAAAUAUUGAAUAAAGAAAACUUUAAAAUAAAAAUGAGGAAGCACUUUACAAUUAUGAUGACCUACUUUUGUAAAGCGGUUUAUUCGAGGAGGACGGUUCUCAUAAUGAUGAAGCCUUUUCGCAGGGAUAGGACUCAUGUGGAUGGCCCUCCGAUGAUAAUUUACGAAUACGAUUUUGUGUUUAACAAUUUCUUGAGGAGUAGAAGGAUCCAAAAUGUGUUGCAGUGCAUCCCCGCUGUGGGUGAGAUAAAGGACGAACAAGGAAGGGGGAACUGUGACCAGAAGCAACCAUCCACAGAGUGUGAAGACCUAGGUGUAAAUACAUCAUGUUACUUCCAUUCGAGUGUGGAUGAGCCGGAGUCUGGAAACCAAGCGAGUGGAAAUUUCACGAUGAGGCAUUCCGAGCGGGGUGAUGUGGAAGCUAACCUGUCCGAAGUGAGCGAUGUGGAAGCCCACCAAUCCGAACAAUCUGAAUCGAUCCAUACCUCACGCAGUUCCUCUGUAGCAAGCGAACGAAGUCAUUUCACGCUGAAUGCAAGUGAAUUGGGGGUAAUGGACGUGGCGGAAGGGGAUUUCAAAUUGGAAGAUGCCGAUACAAUCGAAAUAGGAAAGAAUCACACCUGUUUUACUCACCCCGACGACAAGGCGUUAUUGUCUCCUAAUGACUAUGAUGUAGAACAUGAAAUAAAGCACGAGAGGGUUCUUCCGUGUGCAUCGGAUAAUAAGGAGGUUGUACACUAUGACGGGAAAAUUUUUAUCGAAAGUAUGUGCAAAACGAAGACCUACGUAGAGGUACACAUAGAUAAGACCAAGAUGGGGACAUGGGCAUCUUGCCCCCAGGGUAUGCCCCAGGGUAUGGAUCAACUGGAGAUGCAAAAUAAUUCUCUUCAUAGGAAUGUGGAAAUGGGAAAUUAUAACUAUAAAAUAUUUUUGCUAAACUUGAAAAAUGUACGUAAAAACAUGGAUACUGUUGAUGAAACUGUUGUUGGUGGUACCGGGGGGGCAAUCGGGAUGGAUGUAAAAAUGAAUACGCUUCUUUUCGAUGUGAAUGAAGGACUACUAAAUGAUUACCUGUAUGUGCACAUUGUGGAGGACACGGAGGCGCGCCUUGUUCUGACUUUGGAGCUGCUGGCCUUUCUUCCCUUCCACUGUAGCUUUGACGUUUUUGUAAGCAGGAGGGGAGGGGAAGGAGCAACCCACCAUGGGGAAUCAGGCAAAGCAGACCAAGCGGCAGCGACAAACAAAGCGGAAGCGACAAACCAAGCGGCAGCGACAGGCCAAUCAGUGGAAGAAGCCUACAAUGUAGUCGAGGAAUUCUGCGGGGGAAAGCCCCGUCACAGAUGCACCACCUUCGAGCAGAAUCACAUAAGCGUAGAAAUAUUAAACUGCAUGAACGUGUCUAGACAGUACCUAAACAUUACCGUUGGUGAUAAUUUAUGUGGAGAGACAAGGCUUAACAUUUUUUAUAAUCACACAAGGGAUUCAUAUUUCGACGCCUAUAUGGUUAAGCAUAAUCAGCUGAAUAACAGCAGUCACUGGAAGGAUGAAAUUUUAAAUUUUGAAGUCAAGCCUAAAUGUGGUAUUUUAAAGCAUGGUAGUUACAACAAAUUCUUCAUUACAAGGACGAACAAAAAUGGGCUCUUAACUUUUAACAAUUCUUUUCUCCUUUUAAUUAAAACGGAGCGGAAUGUAUUUUCGUACAUGGUCUUUUCUCACUACAGGGCGGCACCCAGCGAUGCCCUCGCGACGGAGGAACAUAAUAAGAUAAAGGAGAUCCUCAACGAGAACAAGAAGAAGUUCAGCGUCCUAUUCAGUUCUUUCAGGAAGGAAAAGAAGGAAAGUAGUAUCUUCAAUCAGAAGAAUCAGAUAAUCAUUGAAGACAUUUCGAAGUCAACAAACGAAAUCAGAAAUGCCUAA